AUGAUAAUAGCUGAAAGCAGCAUUGACAAACAUAAGGAACAGAAGAAAUGCAAGGACUUUGAAGAAGGGCUUGGAAUUGGUUAUGUCUUUGAUUAUGAUUACUACAGAGAUGACUUCUACAAUAGGUUGUUUGAUUACCAUGGCCGUGUCCCACCACCACCCCGUGCAGUGAUUCCACUGAAGCGUCCUCGUGUGGCUGUGACAACAACUCGCAGAGGCAAAGGGGUUUUCUCCAUGAAAGGAGCAUCACGGUCCACUUCAAGUGGGGCUUCUUCCUCAGGAUCCAAAUCACCCACCUGUCUUUCCCUGCCCCUUAUGUGGAAUGAUACUGUCCUUGGAAACGUCAUUGGAAGAAGAAGAGAAAGAUCAGUGAAAUCAGAUGAGUUGCAAACAAUCAAGAAGGAAUUAACCCAAAUCAAAACAAAAAUUGACUCCUUGCUAGGGAGACUGGAAAAGAUUGAAAAGCAGCAAAAAGCUGAAGCAGAAGCUCAAAAGAAACAAAUGGAAGAUAAUGCUGAUUUGAUUCAAGAGGAAUGCAUAUCAGAGAAUGCAGAUAACUCUACAGAAGAGCAAAUUGAAGGAGGGCCAGAUGCAGAUGGAGAAGAUAUGACUGAUGGGAUUGAGGAGGAUUUUGAUGAGGAUGGCAGCAAUGAGCUG